AUGCCUCCUCACUCCGCUGCCCACAUCGUCCCACCUCAGUAUCAAUACGGUCUUGAUCAGCCCAUCCUGAAUCCUCGUGGAUCUAUCCCCAGCCCAAUUGGUGGCGUCGAUGAUGAUUCGGCGAUGAAGAAAGUCUCUGAGUUGUGGAAGAAGCUUACCCCGGAGGAGAAAAAAGCUUUUGCAAAACACCUUGACGAUGGAUUGACUGAUGAAGAACGUGCCCUUGAUGAAGACGAGUCGGGUGAGUUGAUCACUCCUGAAGAGACUUUUUCCUCGGCUCCUUCAGGACAGGUGGGUGGUGGUGUUACUUCCGUUCGCAGUGAGGUCUCCCUCAAGAAUGACUACCAUCGUGUUCAGAAAUGUGUUAAUGAAUUUAUUGAAAAGGCCACUUCAGUCGCAGCAACCCACAACGCGCAGUUUGUGGUCUUUGCGGUGUCCACCCACCUUGGCGCAAGCAGCUAUCAAAUCUCGCAAAGCACACCUGGCGCCAACGUUUUCCUCAAUUACGCCAAAGAUGUUGAUGCUGAGAAGCAUUAUGCUGCUCGAUUGCAAUCCUACAUCACCGGAUACAGUAUUGCUCAGAUCACUGACUUGGCAACUAAACCCCAAAACAAAGGUGGUAAGAAGCCAUCACAUGAUGUUAAGGUCACCGACAGGAUGCGUGAAUUUAUAAAGGCCAAGACCAAAGGUAUUGUCAAGAAAUGGCCGUGGACCAAUACUCAAUCAAGACUGGCCAGCUCCGGGUAUAAGUUGGCGCUCGCACCUCUGGCCAGGACCAAAAUUGAGUGGAUCAGCCGACCGAGUCGUUUGCUCCAUACCGAUGCAGCUCAUCAGUCCAGCCCUUAUGACAACAACAUCGAAGCAGCUACCAUUUGA